UCAGCCACCUUGCGCGCCUAAUGCCUCUUCUACACUUCAGCUGAGAAUUUUGCUUUGUUAUUUUAUUUUGUGAAAACAAAAAAAUUAUUUUUAUGGGUAUUUGCAGUUUUGCAAAAUGCACAAGGUCAGCAAAGGACGGAUCGCGUUUUCCUUUGAAAAACAAAAAGCUUCUUCAAGCAUGGGUCAAAAGAACUGGACGAGCUGAUGGAACUUUUGUACCCACAGAAGCUUCCUAUGUUUGUGGAGAACAUUUUCUGGACUCGGAUUGGGAAUUGAAGGACGGAAAGAGAAAACUUAGGGCGAACGUUGUCCCACAACCAAUAACAUUUAAAAAGGAGUUUGAUACAGUUUCAAGAAAAAGGAAACCGAAUCCAAGAUACCCGUCCAUUGCAGAAUCUUUAGCCCACAGAUCCAUAAAUGAGAGACAUGCCAUUGAUGAGGACAUGGUAGAAGAAAAUGCAAAGCUGAAAACUGAGAUCGUCAUGCUGAAAAAUCAAAACGAGAGAUUAUCUAAGAUGCUUGGGAAAGUUUUUAACCCGGAUCAAAUUUCAGUGCUAGGGGACAUGGUUGAUUUCGGUAAUGAUAAGUGUAGACCAAGAGCUUGGUCAAAUGAAACAGUUCUGGAAUCGUUGAAGCUACAUUCCAUGUGUGGAACCUUGGGAUACAACUACCUUUGUACCAAAUUUCCUCUUCCAAAAAUCAGGACUUUGCAAAGUCAGACUGAAGGCGUUAAGAAAAACAAGGCUCCUGGCGGCAGCACUAGAGGGUGAUCAGCCUUGGCCCAAAACUGACAUGUACAAAUAACGCUUGGAAGUAUAAUGUGCAAAAAUUGACUUUAAUAUUUUCCUCUGUGCGCAUUUACAAAAAUAAAAAUAAAUAAAUUUCAAAAAAUUGUUCAUGCAUAAAAUUU